AUGAAAGCACUUUUAUUGAAGCUUAAUUAUGGUCUCGGAGACCUCUCCUAUAUGGAGUUGGAGAGGCACGAAGCAGUGGGUGGUGGUGGCACAUGUAACCGGCGAGAUAUGCGGUCACAGAAAAAAGCCGUGUUCUACACCAAAUUGUUCAAUGAAGACCACGAAUUUCAGUCGAAGGGUCGGCUGAAUUGUAUUCCCUUGCAUGUCCACAAAUUUGAUGGUCGGACGAAACUGGCAGGAUGUUCUUUGAAGCAACGUCGCUUGCGGAAGAUAUGCUCCAUUGGAGAAGAUCUCGAGCGUGAUUUCCUGUUGGAUAUAAGUGGAACCCUUACCUCUGACAAGCUAUUAGAUCUGCAGAUCAACGGCAAAUCCGUUUAUGACCAGGAUUCAACCGAGUUCAAGCUGAAGCAUGGAGAUAUCAUCGAGGGCUUCUAUUUUGUCUCACCGUUUUUCAGGGUUAUGUUUAUCUUGGCUGAUGGGAGCCCAGCGGAAGGGCUGCAGACUUCGCCGCUGCUGUCUCUUCCUCAUUUAAUCUUCAAUCACAUUUUAUCGUUUCUGACUCCCUUGGAAACGAUGAAUAAUGUCGUCCCGGUCUGUCGGACGUUUUUCGAGAUGAUGAGAAGUGGAGACGUUUGGACUAAUCUGGAGUUCAGUUCGGAUUUUGGCCAAACGUCCGUUCCAUAUAACUAUAUGGAAGACUUCAGAAAAGUUCUGGCAGGGCGUGCCCGGAAGUUUGUGGUGAACUUCACAGUCCAAAGUUUUCACGAACCUAUGGCGGUUGGAAUUAUGCGUCCACUAUUAUCCGAACCGGCGGAAUGGAAGAAUUUGAAGUGGCUGGAAAUUCAUUCCAUGGAUUGUGACGAUCCUUUCUGGGUUGAUUUUCUGCAAAACGAGAAAUUAUCGUCUCAGUUCGAGUCUCUCGUGAUUCCAUGCGGUCGAAUGUUUGCAUGGCAGGCGGGCAUCAUGGGAAGUGGAUUCAAUGCAUCCAGCCAGGGAGAAAUCAUUUUCCCAAAUUGUCUAGAAGUCGCCCUUCUGGAUGUCUUUCCUGGAAAUUUGAUGAAGAUCCGACCGAAUCUCAGUUUGGUUUUUCCCAGACUGAAAAGAUUGCAUUUCAUUGAUCCUUCGGAAUUCGGCGUCGUGACCAGGCAUCGAUGGGGGAUCGAUGAUGAUUCAAGUUCUGCUGACUUCCAAAGGUUCCUAGAUAUCCUUGGAUCUGGGGUUCUCGUAACCCUUCACGCCAGGGAAUUGCCAGUGACGUGGAAUGAGGAGGAUUGGGUCCUAGCUCAAGGAAAAGGCACUUUCACAAGUCUUGAGUCCCUCAGCUUGCCUGAAAAUCCACUGGAGGAAAUGUCAGACCUUGUGCAGAUGAAUAUUCUUUUCCCAAAGCUUAAAACACUCUGGUUGACCCACGUGAAAACAAUCAGAUCCGUGAACCAUUUGCUCGAGAUGCCAUCAUUGGAGAAGUUGUGGCUCGAGUUCAACGCAUUGGCUGUACCUGAAAUGGAACCAGAGCUACUUCGAGUCUUUGAUGCAAGUCCCGAGAAAUGGCUCGCGAAUCUCAAGUUCAUCUCAGCUGAUCUUUGGGAGACACACGUACCGUAUUCCAAGAUGAGCAACUUGGAAUGUGUCGCACUCCUUUUCUACCACAAAGAAAUCGUUACGAGGCCUCUGGAGACGGUGUAUGAAGAGCUGAACAGUUGUCCCAAGCUCAAAGGAUUGAUUCUACGCGUGCAUGACGAUCUUCAUUGUGAAGCCAUCAAGAAACUGUCUCAACCAUUGGAGUUUGCUGCAGUGUCAGGGAUCAAAUCUAUGGUGGUAUCAGCGCUGAAAUGUCUCUCUCAGAGUCAAACCCGUCUUGAGGAAGUGUGGAUUCGGGUGCUUGAUGCUGACAAGACGACGCUAGAUACGGAGAUCACGAUGAAAAAGGACAUGGAAGAAAUCCUAGAACUGUUGCUGACAUUCAAACGCCUGAAGAACGUAGUGUUCAUUCGCCGAAAAUGUUACGAAGAGAGAGAGUUGGAAUUUGAGGGAUUAGAGAACAAAACUGCGGAGUUUGGGGAGAUGCUGAAAACGCGUGUGCCUCAGGAAAGUUGCUUGAAACAAGCAACAUUACUUCUUGACGUGGCACACGACAAGGAAUCUUACACGUACAGUGUGGAGUUGCAGAGAGAGAAAGAAUUCUCCUCUGUAGCCAUUUCCAAGUUCUUCCCUGAAUGGUUGAAGUACAUUUGGAAGGACAGAAAGAAUUGCUCGUUCUCUGCGAUCGGGUUGCUUGCAGCUGUUUUCCCGUGGUAUUAAUUGAGAAAGAUUCUUUUUGACUCCAUGCUGGCCUCUUUUGUAUGUUGUACACUAUAUAGCUGACUUGGCACGACGUCAGUAUACAAGUGUAUUGAUCGAUUCAUUAAUUUUUUUCUGAAAUUCCCUGGAGAAUUACGUCUGCUUGAGAUUCUUACGAGAAAUUGAGGCAUUUUGUUUUGUACAGCAUUAGUUAUUAUUUUUUUCUAUUUUGGCUAAUGCAGUUACAAUAAUUCGACUAUUGACAAAUCGUGCUGGU